UAACUUUCAUUUUAGUUCACAUAUUUUAAUAUAUAACCUAUUGCAUCAUUCAUUAUUAUUUUAUUAUUAAAAAAAAAAAAUAAAAAAUUUAACAUUUCAUCAAUUUUGAAAAUAAAUUUUCUACAAAAUUUUGUAGUUUUUGUAUUAAAUUGACUUUAAAAUAGAAGUUAUUUUUUUUAAAUUUAAAAUAAUGAGCUAUGACAUACUUUGUUUCAAACAUUGUAACUCAAAGUCAAUAUUUUGUAAAACAAUACCCGAAAAAUGUCCUAUUUGUAAUAUUAAAUUAAUAAAUUUAUCGAUAGAACCAUUUGUAUUACCAUAUUGUUGUACAAAAGCAGCAAAUAAUCCUACAUCAAUAGUAUUAAAACCGUCUUAUGGUACAUUUUGCAAUGAUUACAACAUAACAAAUGACAUGCAUAUCGGUUUAGUUGAUUCUCAGUGUCAAUUAUAUGAAUAUGACCAUCGUGGAAUAACUCAUAACAAUUUCGACGACUGGUCAGAUUGUAUUGUAAUAAAUGACUUGAUACCCGAAUCUUGGUAUUGCCAUUGGGAUGAAGUAUUAUCGCAGUUAAUAAUAAAUCCCAUAUGGAGUUCAUCAAAUUACAAUCCCACGAGUUUUAAUUGUUAUAAUUUUAUUAUUGAAUUUUUAAAAUUAUUAAAUUAUAAUAAUUUAAAAUUUAUUGAUAAAGAGCAUGUGUUUAAUGAAUUUUUUUUACCUAAACUACGUUAUACAUUAAAAUAUAUUUAUAUUUAUAGAAAAUUAAAAAACAAUUGUUGUUAUAUUGCUUGA